AUGAGCUCCAGUCCGCCAAAACCUGUGGUCGAUUCCAAGAACGAGUCGUAUGUCGGUGGCCCAGAGGUCGAGAUGGCCAUCUCCCAGGUCGAGCACGCCGACGAUCUGGACGAGAAGGCACGCAUCGCCGACUACAAGGCGGAGGCCGUCGAGGCGGAGAAUGCGGAGCACAAUAUGGGAGUGCUCGAGGCCGUUCGGGAAUAUCCGAUGGCUUCCUUCUGGGCAUUCGUCAUGUCCUUCACUAUCAUCAUGGAGUCCUACGACGUGUUUCUCAUGGGCAAUUUCGUGGCUCUUCCACGGUUUAGGAAAGAAUACGGCAUCCAACACUUGAACUCCGACGGAAUGCUCGACUGGGUCAUCGAGACGAAGUGGCAGCAGGCCCUGCAGGUUUCGGGGCAGCUGGGCGCGCUGAUCGGGGUGUUCGUAGCUGGUCCGCUCACCAGCCGCAUCGGCUACCGCUACUCCACCCUGACCGGCCUCAUGCUCCUGAACGCUUUCAUCUUCGUCUUCUACUUUGCCAAGUCGCUCCCCGUCAUGUUCGCAGCUCAGAUCCUCGAGGGCAUUCCGUGGGGUAUCUUCAUUGCCAACGCACCCGCGUACUGCUCGGAGGUCGUACCCAUCAAGCUCAGAGCACCUGCUACGCAGAUGCUUCAGAUGUUCUGGGCCAUAGGCAGUAUCAUCGUCGGAGGAGUCACUUACCGCUACAACGGGAUCGACCACGACGACGCAUACAGGAUCCCCAUUGCGCUCCAGUGGAUAUUCCCCACCCCACUCGCCAUCCUCAUCUUCUUCGCGCCGGAAUCUCCCUGGUGGCUCGUGCGGAAAGGCCGCCUCGAAGACGCCGCGCACGCAGUCGAACGUCUCGGCAGACGCUCCACGACAAAGGCCAGCGAGACGGUAGCAAUGAUGAGGCGAGUCAUCCAGAUGGAGCUGUCCGAAAAGACACCCGGCUACCUGGAGCUCUUCAAGGGCGUCGACCUCUACCGAACGGCCAUCGUCUGCGGCGUCUACGCCGCACAGAACCUGACCGGGAACCUGAUUGCCAACCAGGCCGUCUACUUCUUUGAGCAGGCCGGCGUCUCGACCAACACCGCUUUCGCCCUCGGCCUGAUCACCUCCGCCCUGCAGAUGAUCUUCGUGAUGCUCUCCUGGAUCCUGACCACCUACUUCGGCCGGCGCAGCAUCUACCUCUGGGGCUCCGCCGGCAACACCAUCCUCCUGAUCGCGCUCGGCGUCGCGGCCUCGGUCGGCGGGAACCGCGACGCCGCGUCCCUCGCGCAAGCCUCCCUCGGCCUCAUCGUCUCCGUGCUCUUCACCCUCGGCCCGGCGCCCGCCUCGUGGGUCAUCAUCGGCGAGACGUCCGCCAUCCGGCUCCGGCCCCUCACCACGGGCGUCGGGCGGGCGGCCUACUACAUCGUCGAGAUCCCCUGCAUCUUCCUGGCCAGCUACAUGCUGAACCCGACCGGCGGCAACCUCGGCGGCAAGUGCGGCUACGUGUGGGGCGCCACGGGCUUCCUCUGCCUGGUCACGGCCUACUUCUUCCUGCCCGAGAUGAAGGGCCGCUCGUACCGCGAGAUCGACAUCCUGUUCCGGCGCAAGGUUUCCGCCCGCAAGUGGACCGAGGCCGUCGUCCACGAGCAGGACGACGAGUAG